GAAACGGAGUUAUAAAAAUAAAAAUAAAAAAAGUCCAGUCUUUCCACAGUUUACAACAAAGGAGAAAGGUCAGAAAUUACAUUUUUACUUAUUACAAUUAAUUAGGGAUUAUAAAAUUUACUAGUUGAACCAUAUUUACUUUGAUUGCUACGGACAGACAUACUCUAUGUACUAAUCUAAUUAGGCAUGCUAUUAAAAGGGGGGGUAUGAAUCAUUUUGUAAUUAUUACGUUAUAUAGUUAAUGGUUUACACGUAUUUACGUAACUACUAUAGUUAUGUGCACUUAUGUGCUAACAGGAGCGCGUAUUUUGUUUAAUUGUUUUAUUUUUUACGUGUUAAAGGUAUAAAUGUGUGUAGAAACUUUCAGAAACAUCAACAAAUAUGAAACUAAACGUUGUUCAGCAACUAUUUUCCAAGAGCUUUUCUCACUUGGGAAGGAAAAUAGCAAGAUAUCCAGGUUAUUUUAUUAUAGUGCCAUUUCUUGUAGCAGGAAUAUUUGCAACUGGUUUGCAAAGACUUAGACUAACGAAGGACUUGGAUACAUUAUAUACAGCUACGGGCAGUCCUGCCAUGAUAAAUCGGGAAUACAUUGAAAAACUCUUUCUCAACGACGUUACGAAUAAUUUUGAUAUAGGAAGAGCAACGAGGAUGGGCAGGCAAACUAUAAUCGUUGUCAUUCCUAAAGAUAACGGAUCUGUUCUAAGAUCUAAGAUAUUUUAUCAGGUCCAAUUAUUGGAUAAACUUAUAAAAAACGUCACAAUUGAAAUUGACGGAACUCCGUAUACUUACGAAGAUGUCUGUGCCAAGAAGAAUAGAAAAUGCUUCGAAAAUGAAUAUUUAAAAUUGGAUAAAAGAAUAGCAGAUUUAGAAAAUGGAACAGAUUUCCUUCCUUAUCCAUUGUAUUUAAACAAUUACACUUACGAGUACGUUUUUUAUGCCGUUAGUCUCGGUGGAGUUACCACUGAUAAAGAUAGGAAUAUCAUAAAUGCCAAAGCUCUCAGGUUAUUGUAUUUUAUGGAUAAUUCUAAUAAUCAUAAAGAAGAACUUGCAUUAUUAUGGGAAGAAAAACUAGUUGAAUUUCUGAAAAAAUUAAAUAUAGAUUUGAUAGACCACAGCUACUUCACAUCUAGUUCUUUAGAAAACGAAAUACAUCGUAUAACUGUAGGAUUAUUGCCAUUAUACGCCAUUGCCGUCAUCAUUAUGCUGUGUUUCUCUAUAUUGACAACAGUUUCGAGUGAUUGGAUCGAAAGUAAGCCUUGGUGUUCUGUUUUGGGAUCGUUUUCUUCUGGUGUAGCGGUUGCAUCAUCUUUCGGAUUUUUAGGAUAUUGCGGAUUGGAUUAUGUGGAUAUUAAUAUCGCCGUACCUUUCUUGAUGCUUGGAAUUGGCAUGGAUGAUACUUUCGUGCUUUUAGCAGCAUGGAGAUGUACGGAUAAGAAAUCUUCCGUGGAAGAUCGUCUAGCCAAAGCUUAUGAAGAUGCAGCAGUUUCCAUAACUGUUACUUCUGUAACAAAUUUUAUAUCGUUUCUUAUUGGAAUCACGGCUCCUUUUCCUGUUGUGAGAAUAUUUUGUGCAUCAGCUGCUUCUGCAGUUUUAUUUACGUAUCUGUUCCAAAUUACUUUCUUCGGGGGAUGUUUAGCUCUAUUUGGCUAUGCAGAGGAGAAGAAAUUACAUUCCUUAACAUUUUUACCUAUUAAAGAAAAGGAAGAAACAAAGGAUUAUAACUUCUUAUAUCGACUGUUAUGCACCGGAAGGAAAAGUGAAGUUUCCACAACAGAAAAAGGUUACUUCAUGAUGACCUGUUUCAAAGACAAUUUAGGAAGAACAUUAAGCAAUAAAUAUAUCAAAGUACUUGUCAUAGUAUUAUUUCUGAUAUACUUCGCCGUUGCUGUUUGGGGCUGUACUCAAAUUAAAGAAGGACUGGAAUUUCAGAAGUUGGCACCUUAUAAUUCGUAUCCGGUUAAAUUAUUCGAUAAUACAAAUAAAUAUUUCGGUGAUUAUCGUGAUCGAAUUCAAGUGGUUAUUAAUACCACCCUGGACUAUUCUGAUCCAAAAGUGCAAGAUCAACUGGAGGAACUGGUACAGAAGUUUGAAUCAAAUAGGUUUCUCUCUUCGGAUACGAGAUUAACAGAAUUCUGGUUGAGAUACUUUAAGAGGUUUUAUACCAAUAAGAGAACUGCCGUUCUCUUCCAAAAUUAUAAUCUAACAAACAAGCAAGAGUUCAUCUACUGUUUGCGCAAAGUCUUCCUGAAAUUUUCUGUUGGUCGUCAAGUAAAAGAUGAUCUUGUUUUUAACGAAAACUACACAGAAAUCAUUGCUAGUCGCUUUAUUGUUCAGUCAGUUAACGUUAAUGGUGUCGAAGAAGAUAAACAAUUAUUAAUUCAACUACGAGAUAUUGCAUCAUCGGCACCAUUUCCUGUCAUCGUUCAUCACUUUCUGUUUGCAUUCUAUGAUCAGUUUUUGUUAGUGACCAAAGCUUCGUUUCAGUCUAUUAUCAUUGCUGCUAUAGUGAUGAUGAUUAUCACUUUUGUAUUCAUACCGAGUAUUACAAGUGUAUUGUCAGUAGCAGCAUCUAUAGUUUCCAUACAAGUUGGUGUUAUGGGAUAUAUGACAUUAUGGAACGUUAACUUAGACACAGUUUCUAUGAUCAAUCUCAUCAUGUGUAUUGGAUUUUCGGUGGAUUUUGCAGCUCAUAUAUCCCACGCUUAUAAACAUUUCAGCAAAGAAUCUGAUCCUAACAAAAGAAUGUCUUCGGCUCUGUAUUUAGUAGGUUUACCAAUAGUUCAAGGAAGUUUUUCUACUAUUUUAGCAAUUCUAGUUUUAGUGACAGCUCCAGCAUAUAUAUUCUUAGUAUUUUUUAAAGUGAUUGUUUUAGUCAUAGCUUUUGCAGCUCUUCACGCUUUAUUUUUAUUGCCUGUCUUGUUUUCCAUCUUUGGCCAAAUUUCGUGUAAGAAAAACCAUGAAAAUAACGGUAAUGAAGUUAAAGACAUUACAAAUGAACAAUCGAGAAAACCGUCUUUCAUCAGACAGUUAUCUAAUAACGCAGUUAUUACUUCAUAUAAUGUUCUAGACAAGAAUGUAGAUAAUAUGGUACAAAAUUCAGUUCAUAAAAACAGUUUGCGGGUGAAAAAUUCGGCGGUUGUUAAUCCAUGCUAUGUGGAAGAUCAAUUAGAAGGUUCUUAAAGGGACAGACUAUAUUUUUACUUAUUUUAAAUUAUUUAAAAUUGAACAUUUAUAGUCAUACGAAGAUGUUGCAACGAAAGGAUCAUCAAAGAGGACGAGUGCUUCAAGUGAAGUUAAAUUGAUGGAAUACCUUGUAAAUAAAGCAUAGACUUUUUAUAAACGAACUAAAUGAUCCAAAAAUAAAGCGAGAACAUUUUAAAGUUGUUAUUUUGAUACAAUUUUCAGACCGAAGAAUUUCUGUGAUUCAUGGCCAUACGAAAAUGAUUCGAAGCAUUGUUAUCAGUUCAGAUCUUAUAUCUAAAUAUCAUCAUAACCAUGUGUGUAUAAGCAUUUUUUAAAUAAACAUUACUUUUUAUAUUUACUAGAAUAGCGAGAACAUACGAAAUUCCAGCAACUGUCAACCAUACUCAUUGACUAACAACUCCAGAAUUUACUUGAAAUUAAUCAAAGGCAUUCUUUCUGGAUUUGUUCUGUAACAAAAUGCCAUGACAAUUUUAUAAAUACUCCAGUUAUAAGUGGUUCACAUUCAUCUCUUGCCAUUAAAAUGGACAUAAAAGGUUAAUGUGAUUGAAUGGCUUAAAUAUAUAUAAUUUGUAAUUAUUUAAUAUUUAAGAAUUCUUGUAAAAUAAUAAUCAAUAAAUUGUUAUAUAUUAUUUCUAAUAUAAUUAUUAAUUUUCUGAUUUAUUAAACAUCAAAUAAGUAGUUAUUAGACCCAGAUUUUAAUGGAAAUUUAGCUUAAACUUAUGUAAUAUUAAUUCUGUAAAGAGAAGGUUAAAUACGGAAAUAUGCUUAGAAAAAGCA